AUGGUCGCAGCUAUAAAUUAUUGCGGCACAAAUGAAGGCCCAUCAUAUUUGGACACCGAUGGAUGUUAAUUUUAACGUCAGGUUAAUUUUUUCCACUAGAGGGAGACAGAGAUUUAAUGUAAACACAGCCUGCUGGUUUAAUAAGGCUGGCUUCGGGGUCUAAUGGCGGUAGACCUCAGUCACCUUUUUUUUUUUACCGUGUAGGCUUUUGUAGAAGAUUCCACAGCUUAGAUGACGAGCACAAACACUGGUACUUUUUAUUACGCGUUACAAAACCAAAUUCUAAACACAUCAAAGGAGCCCCCUGAAUUAACCAAUUCCAGUCCAGUAUUACAGGACAGCUGCUCACAGAAGUACCUUAUCUACAGAGGGAACCUAAUAUGAGCUUUUCCUGUACAUGCACUGUCAAGCUACCACUCAGCCACUGCAUCAGGCAGCCAAGCACCAACUGGGGAAUAUAUUCUCACUGCAAGCAACUAGUAACUCACAGGCACCUGACUGAUUUUGGGAAGCGAUGCAUGGAUUCCAUUGGGAUCCCUCGGCCAUUUUGUCUGUCAUUCCCACAGAAAGAAGAGUGAUUUAUUCUGCUAAACUGUAUGUAGAAAACACAUAAUAAAUUAUAGAUAUACAAAUAUCUAUCUCCCACCUUCAUACCUAGUACAGGGGCAUGGGAGAGGGGUACUGAACUAUGCCAGUAUAGGACACAAGGCAGGCGAACAUCCUGGAUGAGAUGCAAACUCGUUUCAGGGCACAGACACACACUAUGGCCAAGUUAGGGAACCCAAAUCACCAACCUGCACAGCUUUUCACAGUGAGAGGAAACCAGUAUUCCCGGAAGACACCUGUGUAACAGAGGGAGAACAUGCAGACUCCACAUAUGCAAUAUAAUUUGUCGAAUUUCCCAACCCAGUUAAGAGUUUGACAUCAUCAGCCCUAUGUGAGAAGCAGAGCCAUUGAAGUGGUUUACCCUACAGUAGAAGAAGGAAAUCCUUGCGGCCCCCCGCCCCCCUGCCCCAAUCGAUCGGCACCUAACCCUAGUAGGGUUAGUGUGGUAAGGAGAAUGCACCCACAUGUCAGGAUCACGCAGGCCUACCUCGUGAGUGAGUCAAGGUUUCCCUGUAACAGGUGAGUAAACAACAGUCGCCGCAUACAAAGGUCACCGGCAUUGCAAACGUACUUACACGAGCCCACCCUGCUCAGCAAAAAAAGCAGAGGUUGGGGGGUUGGGGGUCUCGGCUGUGAUUUGAGUGUUUUCGUACUAACAGUUCCCACUUAAAGAAUCACUGCAGAAACUCACUUUGAACAUUAUUACACGUAGUGUAAAGAGUGAUAAGAUAAUAAGCUUUAAUAUACUCUGUAAUCAAUAAGGGAUUUCGAAAGGGAUUUUACAAAUAAUUUAAUAAGCAAUAAUUAUUAAAUCGGGCUUAGUACUGAGAAUCUGUAAGAGUAAUACAGCGCUAAUACUAUACUAGGUGUAGUGCAAGGAGACAGACACACAUAGCUCUGUCCUUGAAUGUUUCUAAGUGGGGGUGGUACCAUGGCCUCGCACCUCCUGGGGUGGGGGUUUGAAUACCCUUUUGUAUUUGUGUGAGGUUAACAUGUCCUGCCUGUGUCACACAAGUUUACCUUGGCUUACGCUGGCUGCUUCCUACAGCCCUAUGAAAAAGUUAGGUUAUACAGCUAGGCUAAGCUGGCUGAUGUGUGAGCAUGUACCCUGUUCCUCGGCCUUGUGCCAUCUGGUACAGGCCCCAGAUCUCCGCAUGACCCUGACCAAUAUCGAUGUCCUUGAAAGAAACAUUCAGAGCAGGUCCUCUUUCCACUAUGACAAACUGCGAAUCAGCAUAACAAACUCUAUUCGGAUGCUCAGGACCGGCACCGAUGACCCAGCCCCUGUCGCCUGACCCGUACAGAAAAGCGCGAGAAGCAGGCAGAUUGACACGAACAUGCUUCUGCCGAUCGAUACUUUCCAGGGAGCAAAAUGUCAGACGUGUUUGUCCUGGUAGGUCUCCAGCAGGUCAGAAGGGAGGCGACGAAACAGAGGCACAGAUGCUGGUUUUUCACGGCAAAUCGCAUAGCGAGGGUUUCCACGGCCGCUGUGGUCGCUGCUCCGCCGAAGAAUGGACCCGCAGCCUCUGCUUCUGCCUCUGCUUCUGCUGUGUGUGAGUCUGGCCCAGCGCACGCGAGACACAGCAGAGGGACCUGCGCUCAGGGGGAGGCUGAUAUCGGGAAAUGGCCCUCUGGACCUUGGACAGAGGUGGGGGUUGAAGACGCCCCUAAUGCACAUGAAAGCCAAUCUGACAGAGGUCACAAGCAUCAGGUCCACAUUCGAGUUCCGGACCCUGGACCCCGAGGGCCUGGUUCUGUAUGGGGACACGCAGGCCGGUGCCGAGUGGUGCAGCUGCGCAAUGAAGGUCAGUCCGUGGUCCUGGAGGUGAACGGCAGUCAGGCACUGGUGCUGGGGCUGCAUUCCCAGCAUGCCGAGCAGGACACCAUGGGACUCAUUCGCCUGUCCCUGGGGGGCAUCCUGGUCAAAGACCUGGAGCUUUUCAACUCGCUGCGGCUGGAGAUGGACGGCUGCGUGAGAGCGGGGAACUGGCUGAACCUGAGCCAACCCUGGGCCACGGAGCUGGUGGGGGAGCCCCGGACCUGCUUCACCCACAUUCGAAGGGGCAGCUUCUUCCCUGGGACAGGCCUAGCUGUUUUUAACACUUCUGACUUCCCCACACACCAGGGAACUGGCAGAAGCAUCACCAUAGAAAUGGAAGGGCACAUAGGCAAUUGGACUGGUACUGUUCUGGCCAUACUGAACUCCCAGCACAAAGCCAUACUCACCAUUGCCGCCCAGAACCAAACACAGAAGCUGGAAGUGACAUUUGGUGAACGGACAGAUAGUCUGUCAUUGGCCCAAAAUGAGCUCUUGCUAAACCUAUCAGAGAAUGUGAUGCAAAUUGCACUGGGUAACAAAGUCAUCGCAGAGCUCAGAGAUGACGCACGCGAUUGGCUGAACAUCUGGGAUGAUGGCAUGCUGCUGGCCUUUGGGGGAGUACCAGACUACAGUACAAACACUAGUGACUCUCAGUAUCUGCACGGUUGUAUAUGGGGGAUCAGAAUUCAGGACCGGGAAUUAGAUCUGGACCAUGCCCUCUACAAACACAGCUCUAUCUCAUCACACAGCUGCCCCGCCUCGCCCGACCUGCUCGAAUCCUCAGCCUUGCUUACUGCUGAUCGCUGACCUCCAGUGACCUUUCAUGGUUCAUCUGACCCGUCAGUGACCUCAGACUCGACUUCCAGGCCAUUGUCCUUGUUUCACUCCCAGUCACUCUUUCCAUGUUCCUCAAUGCUCCACUUCUGACCCCAUGACCUUCACCACGUGAUGCUCAGGAAGACAUUCUGCAUCUGGUUUUCCACAUCUUCUGUCCAGACCUCCCAACAUUACCUCCACUUCCUAUAAAGUGGAAUUAUGCAGCAUUUGAGAUCUACAUGACCUGAUCUUUAAAAUAUGGACAAUUAACCAAGACAGAGAUUGAAUGAAAUUGACCCAAAUACCCUUCAGAGAUGACUUCAAUAAAAACUGCGCAGAUGAUCAUCCCUGA